CACGGUGAAAAUAUCCCGAACGGCACACGCGCGGACGUCCCGAAAUAGACUCCUGCGCACAGUAUCGUGUAUCCUCAGUGCCGCUUCGCGAGCUGUGAGGACCGCCUGUGAUAUACCUAGUCGAAAGUGUUCAUCAUCCUCAUCAUGACAAAUACGUAAAGCAGCAAAGAAAAUAUGGAGCAGUUCGAGUCACUUCUGACGUGCUGCGUCUGCCUAGACCGGUACAGGAAUCCAAAGCUGCUGCCAUGCCAGCACAGCUUUUGCAUGGAACCAUGUAUGGACGGCCUUGUCGACUACGUCAGGCGACAGGUCAAAUGUCCAGAAUGCCGUGCAGAGCAUCGGAUUCCGUACCAAGGUGUACAAGGUUUCCCGACCAAUGUCACCUUGCAGCGGUUUCUAGAGCUACACGCUAACAUAGCAGGAGAGCUGCCUGACCCCACAGCUGGGCAGGUGAUGGAAAGGUGCAAUGUUUGCUCAGAAAAGGCGUAUUGCGCGCCUUGCGCACAUUGCGACAAGAAAGUUUGCGAAGACUGCAAAUCAGCGCAUAUGGAAGUUCUACGCAGAGAAAUCGCUAGGAUCAACAAUCAGAUACGUCGAGGAGUCAACAGGCUUCAAGAUAUUCUUUCGAUAGUCGAGCGUAACACUACAAACCUGCAAACAAACUGCGCUGCAGUGGCAGGAGAGGUAGAUGAAAUCCACAAAAGACUAGCCAAAGCUCUUAAAGAUAGAACUGAUUUCCUAAGGACUGAAGUUGAUCGCUAUCUAGCUACUGAACUUAGAAACCUCACACAUCUAAAAGAUAACCUCGAGCUGGAGUUAAGUAAUAUUCAAAGUAAUUGUGAUCUCGCAGACAAGUACAUGAACGACGAUGUCGAUUGGGAGGACACUGAAUUAGUUGAUACCAAAGAAAUUUUCCUGAAGACUGUAGAGUUUUUAAGAAACUUCGAUUAUGAAGCUGGAGAUUAUAACCGUAGGAUCAGGUUUGUUAUGACACACGAUCCAAACCAACUAGUCGUACACGUUGCAAGCUAUGGUGAAUUAAAUAUUAAUCACCCUAACGCUUAUUUAGGAGCAUUGCAACAAAGCCAAGGACUUACCCGGUCAAAGAGUGACCAUCGUCUUGCAACGCAGUUCCGCCAACAAGAAGAAUCUAAAGGCUAUACUGAGAAUGACGAACCGGUCUUAGGUGGACGUAAAUUUGGAGAACGGCGACCCCCACCACCCGAGAAAGUAAGGGACCCCUAUGGAACCACGGAUGAUUACAGUGGCUAUGAAUCCGAACAUAGGCCUUCCAGAAGAUUCCGUUCAAGAUUUGUCAGGAGUCAUCAAGACAAUGAUUCUGACACGGAACAACCUACUCGUACCGUUAAGGCAGAGCAAAAAGAGAAAGAAAAAGAAAAGGUAGUAGACACUGAAGAUGCUACAAGGGGUCCACUUAGUGGGAUAUUCAGACUAAGUGACUGUCCUCGUGUCAUGCAAAGGAUAAUGGAUGUGGACAGUGGUAAAAAAAAGGAAAAAAAGGAGCCACCUCCACCACCGAAACCAGUGCAGCCAGCACCUCAGCCUCAGCGGCGGGCCCCCCCGGCGCAGCGGCAGCAGAGUGAAGAUGACGAGAUCUCCCGGCUCAAGAAGCAGAAUAAGGGCGCGGCGUCAUCCCAUGAACCUGACCGAGCACCAGCGCAGGAGGAACGCACCUCGAUCGCUCGUAAACCACCCACACCAGCCCGGGAGGCUUCCAGCGACGGUGAAUCCGAUGAAUCCCUUGGAUCGCUUCAACGUACUCAGCGUAAAAAUGCUGCACCAGUUCCUAAACCGGCAGUGACACCUGUCAGAAGACCGUCAGCGACAGAUACCACCGCUCACCGCCCUGGAGGUCGCGCGCCUAGCACAGAAUCAAGCGCUUCGACAGAAAGUUCCGGCUCGGCGGCGGUUAAACACACAGGUGCGAUACUGUCCAUCGCAGAAUUAAAAGCCAAAUAUAGCAAUUAUGAGCCACCAUCAAAAACCAGAUCGUUUAUUUCCGCAGGCAACGAUAGAACAGCUCCGGCGACAACGAAUGGAACGGUUGGUGGCGCGCAGCGGGUCCAGAGCCGGUUCAUCGGCUCCCAGCGGCCCGCGCCCGCCCCGGCGCCCGCCGAGCCGGCCCAAGAAGACUCCGACACGAGCUCCGAGGAGGAGACCGACUCGUCAGAGGAGAGCGAAGAAGAGCCUGCAUCGCAAAGGAAGCCCGAGAGCCAGGCGAUGGCUCGUAGUGACAUUGGUCCGCUUCUCGCACGAAGCAACAAUGCCCGCAACGACGCCCAAGACAACAAGGCCAAAGAGAGUCCUACCCCGUCUCGGUACCGUACACGCACAACGUCUCAAGCCGAGGAGGAGCCUAGGUACGGCGCCAGCGGUUCUUCGUACAGCAACCGUUAUGGUACCUCCAAGCCUAAAGAAGAAGAGCCGGUGUCUUCCAUCGAUGACGAAUCGAAGUACCCAACUGCACGUUCGAGAUACCUUGCGUUGAAAGAGCGACGCAAUCGUCUCGCUAGAAGCAAAAGCAGUCACACCGGUUUUGGUAUGGGAGACGAUGACGACCAAGACGAACCAGUCUCUCCCACGACAGCGUCACCGUCAGCGUAUCUGGCGGCUCGAUACGGCUCUGGCACCGGAGGUACAGAGUUGUCUCGCAGCCGAUCCUCACACGCGCUAAAAUCUAGAGAAAGUUCGCCCGAGCGACCACCGCCCGGCGAGAAAGACGGUGCGGCCUUGAGCUCAUGGGCCAGAUACCUGAAGAAUAAGUACGGAUCGCGGGGCAAGGAUCGAGACACGAGCAGCAGCGCGUCGAGCACGUCGCGCCGCCUGUCUCUCGGGCUGCCCUUACGUUCGGCUAACGAGCUUGCCAGUUCUGAUGACGAUUCAAAAAACGCGGCAGGCUCCCCCAUCUCCCCUACGGCGGCUACAGCAGCGGUAGCAGGUUUCGCAGCAGCAGGUUCCUCCCCUAGGAGCCAGUAUCUGCAGAAACGCCGUUUACAAUUCAGCGUGGGGAGUCGGGGGAGCGAACCCGGUUGUUUUACUUGGCCUCGUGGUAUCGCUGUAGGCCCCGACAACACAAUGGUCGUCGCCGAUUCAUCAAACCAUCGAGUGCAGGUGUUCGAUUCCAACGGCAUUUUCGUGAAAGAAUUCGGUCAGUACGGCAGCGGAGAGGGCGAGUUCGACUGUCUCGCCGGCGUGGCUGUCAACCGGAUUGGGCAAUACAUCAUCGCGGACCGAUACAACCAUCGCAUACAGGUGUUCGACCCUCAAGGGCGGUUCCUGAGGGCAUUCGGCAGUCAGGGCACGGGAGACGGCAAGUUCAACUACCCGUGGGGCAUCACGACGGAUGCGCUGGGCUUCAUAUACGUGUGUGACAAGGAAAACCAUAGAGUUCAGGUGUUCCAAUCAGACGGCACAUUCGUCGGCAAGUUCGGCAGCUUCGGCUCCAAGCUGGGCCAGCUGGAGCAUCCCCACUACAUCGCCGUCUCCAGCACCAACCGAGUGCUCGUGUCAGACUCUAACAACCAUAGGAUCCAGGUCUUCGACGUGAACGGACGGGUGUUAUCCUCGUUCGGAGAUGAGGGCUCUGAGGAUGGACAGUUUAAGUUCCCAAGGGGUGUCGCCGUUGAUGACCAAGGCUACAUCGUAGUAGCCGACUCCGGCAACAAUCGCAUUCAGAUCUUCCACCCUGACGGAACCUUCCUCCGUGCCUUCGGCUCCUGGGGCUCCAGCGAUGGCGAGUUCAAGGGUCUUGAGGGCAUCGCCGUCAUGAGCGGAGGGAACAUCAUCGUGUGCGAUCGGGAGAACCAUAGGGUACAAGUUUUUUAAGGGUUUGAUACUUAAGGCUUUAAAACCUUAUGACUAAGUAAUUAAAGUUUCAAGUCCUCUGAGUAAACCCUUCAAUUGGUGCCAUGACCAGGAUGCCAAUCAUUUAUUCAAUUAUCUUUAUAUAGUUGACUUUUGGUGUUGAAGCGAUACGUAACAAUUCGAUAUUUUAUUUUGAUUCCAACGGAAUUGGAAGUCCUCUGUUUGCUGGUCAGUGUAUCUAAUUUGAUACAUAUUUCUGUUUUGAAUUGAUCAUUUUUACUGACAAGUAAUUUUCAAAAUACAAUUAUAACAAAUUCAUUUACUUGCCUUAUAAGGCAGUUGAGAAUUAUAUAAUCCAGUUACUGGUCAGUAUUGUAUCAAAAAUGAUACUUUUGAGAUGACUUUUGAAUCGAUCUUUUUUAUUAGCGAGCAUUUUAAAGUAUUGUAGUACUUAUUAAUUUGUCAAAGUUUUGUGAUUUAAUUGGUUUUUAAGAUUGAUUUCGCUUUGAUGUGGCAAUAAUUAAUUUGAAAAUUUAGUAACAUUUUUUGUAGCUGGCCAGUAAUUGAAAUAUUUUUUUCUUCGUAAUUAUGAUAUUGCAAUUACUUUUUAUUGAAUUGUGUUAUGUGCUUUAAGCAAUAUCUUGAAAUUAUUGUACCCAAUGGUUGUAUCAUUUUAAACAUUUUGUUUUAUUAGUCAAAUAUAUUUACUUGUAAAUAAUAAGAGAAAUAAUUAUAAUUAUAUAUAUUUUGCACCGCUUUAUACUGAUCAUACUUUUUUAUUAAAUUGUUCACGUUAUGAAUUUUAUUAAAUAUAUGUAUUAUAUUUAUAUUAUUUAUUACAAAUUUAAAACCUG